AUGGGCGUUCAACCCAGUCAAUCAAUGUCAAUGCACACCAUGGGCGUUCAACCCAGUCAAUCAAUGUCAUUGUACACCAUGGGUACUCAACCCAGUCAAUCAAUGCCGAUGUACACCAUGGGUGCUCAACCCAGUCAAUCAAUGUCAAUGUACACCAUGGGUGUUCAACCCAGUCAAUCAAUGUCAAUGUACACCAUGGGUGUUCAACCCAGUCAAUCAAUGUCAAUGUACACCAUGGGUGCUCAACCCAGUCAAUCAAUGUCAAUGUACACCAUGGGUGGUCAACCCAGUCAAACAAUGUCAAUGUACACUAUGGGUGUUCAACCCAGUCAAUCAAUGUCAAUGUACACCAUGGGUGCUCAACCCAGUCAAUCAAUGUCAAUGUACACCAUGGGUGCUCAACCCAGUCAAUCAAUGUCGAUGUACACCAUGGGUGCUCAACGUAGUCAAUCAAUGUCAAAGUACACCAUGGGUGGUCAACCGAGUCAAUCAAUGUCGAUGUACACCAUGGGUACUCACCCCAGUCAAUCAAUGUCGAUGUACACCAUGGGUUUUCAACCUAUUCAAUCAAUAUCGAUGUACACCAUGGGUACUCAACGCAGUCAAUCAAUGUCGAUGUACACCAUGGGUUUUCAACCUAUUCAAUCAAUAUCGAUGUACACCAUGGGUACUCAACGCAGUCAAUCAAUGUCGAUGUACACCAUGGGUGCUCAACCCAGUCAAUCAAUGUCAAUGUACACCAUUGGUGUUAAACCCAGUCAAUCAAUGUCAAUGUACACCAUGGGUACUCAACCCAGUCAAUCAAUGUCAAUGUACACCUUGGGUGUUCAACCUAGUCAGUCAAUGUCAAUGUACACCGUCGGUGCUCAACCAAGUCAAUCAAUGUCAAUGUACACCAUGGGUGCUCAACCCAGUCAAUCAAUGUCGAUGUACACCAUGGGCGCUCAACCCAGUCAAUCAAUGUCGAUGUACACCAUGGGUGCUCAACCUAGUCAAUCAAUGUCAAAGUACACCAUGGGUGGUCAACCGAGUCAAUCAAUGUCGAUGUACACCAUGGGUACUCAAUCCAGUCAAUCAAUGUCGAUGUACACCAUGGGUUUUCAACCUAUUCAAUCAAUAUCGAUGUACACCAUGGGUACUCAACCCAGUCAAUCAAUGUCAAUGUACACCUUGGGUGUUCAACCUAGUCAAUCAAUGUCAAUGUACACCGUCGGUGCUCAACCCAGUCAAUCAAUGUCAAUGUACACCUUGGGUGUUAAACCUAGUCAAUCAAUGUCAAUGUACACCAUGGGUGCUCAACCAGAAUCCAGUUCCAGUGUAGUUAAACCUACUGCAUCACCAUCAGAAUCCAGCUCCAGUGUUUCUCAAGCUACUCCGUCACCAUCAGAAUCCAGCUCCAGUUUUGUUCAACCUACUACUCUAUCACCAUCAGAAUCCAGCUCCAGUAUUGUUCAACCUACUCCAUCACCAUCAAAAUCCAGCUCCAGCAUUUUUCAACCCACUCCAUUACCAUCACAAUCUAGCUCCAGUGUUUUUCAACCCACUCCGUCACCAUCAGAAUCCAGUUCCAGUUUUGUUCAACCCACUCCAUCAUCAUCAGAAUCCAGCUCCAUUGUUGUUCAACCUACUCCAUCACCAUCAGAAUCCAGCUCCAGUAUUGUUCAACCUACUCCAUCACCAUCAGAAUUCAGGUCUAGUUUUGUUCAACCCACUCCAUCAUCAUCAGAAUCCAGCUCCAUUGUUGUUCAACCCACUCCAUCACCAUCAGAAUCCAGCUCCAGUAUUGUUCAACCCACUCCAUCACCAUCAGAAUCCAGCUCCAGUAUUGUUCAACCCACUCCAUCACCAUCAGAAUCCAGUUCCAGUUUUGUUCAACCCACUCCAUCAUCAUCAGAAUCCAGCUCCAUUGUUGUUCAACCUACUCCAUCAUCAUCAGAAUCCAGCUCCAGUAUUGUUCAACCUACUCCAUCACCAUCAGAAUUCAGGUCCAGUAUUGUUCAACCUACUCCAUCACCAUCCGAAUCCAGCUCUAGUGUUGUUCAACCCACUCCAUCAUCAUCCGAAUCCAGCUCCAGUUUUGUUCAACCUACUACUCUAUCACCAUCAGAAUCCAGCUCCAGUGUUGUUCAACCCACUCCAUCAUCAUCAGAAUCCAGCUCCAUUGUUGUUCAAACUACUCCAUCAUCAUCAGAAUCCAGCUCCAUUGUUGUUCAACCCACUCCAUCAUCAUCAGAAUCCAGCUCCAGUGUUGUUCAACCAACUCCAUCGUCAUCAGAAUCCAGCUCUAUUGUUGUUCAACCCACUCCAUCAUCAUCAGAAUCCAGCUCUAUUGUUGUUCAACCCACUCCAUCACCAUCAGAAUCCAGCUCCAGUGUUAUUGAAAUUACUUCAAGUACAUUCACAUUCAGUUCCAGUGUCAAAGCCGUGACAAGCUCUGUUUCAGUUGCCACAACGUCUCCCACCGAUUCUCCAACAACCCUCCCUACAGUGAAAAUAACUACAUUCGGGAUUGUGAUGAUUAUUCUCGGCGAUUAUAGAAAUGAACUAAGUAAUAGCAGCAGUCAAGAAUAUAAAGAAUUAAGUUCAAAUAUUAAGGGUUUCCUGAUAACAUUAUAUCAACCAUUCCCAGGAUUUCUUGGCAUUAGGAUUAUUUCGUUCUCACCAGGAAGCAUCGUUGUGGAUUUUGAUGUAAUAUUCAACUCAGCUGAAGCUAACACUACCGUUCAAGAAGUUAUUGAGCCAAUCCAAAAAGCGAAGGCUGAUCCCACCGCACCAUUUACAAUUUCAUCAGUAGCAGAAGACAAAAAGGUCUUUCAAACUACUCCAGCACCAUCAGAAUCCAGUUCCAGUUUUGACGGUACGUUUUAA